CAGCAGAAAGCAGGGAAGCGGAAAGCCCACCACCUUCCUUGGAUCCACAACCCAAACACCCCCCACCCCACCCCCACACACGCCUCCCUCUCUCUCUCUCUCCCCCCUCGCUUCUCUCUUCUUCCAACCCCUCGCGUAUUUUAGUCUUAGUCUAUUCGAGUCCUACCAGUAGCUUAGCUAGCAGCCGAGCCGGUGGCGUGGUGGUGUGGCGGUGGAGGUGGUGGUGGUGGGAGGAGUAGCGGGAGUACGCCGGGAGGAGCCGUUGCUGCUGCGAGGGUCGGGCGGGCGAGAUCUAGGAGCGGAGGCGGCGAUGGGAGCUCGCUGCUCCAAGCUCUCCGUGUGCUGGUGGCCGCCCCACUUCAAAUCGCCGAUGCUUGAGAAUGGCGCCGCCGCGGACGACGGCAGCGGCGUGCCGGUGUUCGCCGAGUACAGCCUCGACGAGCUCCGGGUGGCCACCGACGGGUUCUCCCCCGAGCGCAUAGUGUCGGAGCACGGCGAGAAGGCGCCCAACGUCGUCUACCGCGGCACCCUCUUCAGCACCGGCCGCACCGUGGCCAUCAAGCGCUUCGGCCGAUCUGCCUGGCCGGACUCCCGCCAGUUCUUGGAGGAGGCGAGGGCUGUCGGGCAGCUGCGGAGUGUCCGGUUGGCCAACCUGAUCGGCUGCUGCUGCGAGAAUGGCGAGCGGCUGCUCGUUGCUGAGUUCAUGCCACAUGAGACCUUGGCAAAGCAUCUCUUCCACUGGGAGACAAAGCCAUUGAGCUGGGCAAUGAGGGUACGUGCUGCUUUCUACGUGGCUCAGGCAUUGGAGUACUGCAGUACAAAAGGGAGAGCUCUCUACCAUGAUCUGCAUGCAUAUAGAGUUCUGUUUGAUGUGGAUGGUAACCCCAGACUGUCGUGCUUUGGUCUGAUGAAGAACAGCAGGGAUGGGAAGAGCUAUAGUACCAAUUUGGCUUUCACACCUCCUGAGUACCUUAAGACUGGCAGAGUGAUUCCAGAGAGUGUGGUGUACAGUUUUGGCACUAUCUUGCUUGACCUCCUAAGUGGAAAACAUAUCCCUCCAAGCCAUGCACUUGACCUUAUAAGAGGAAAGAAUUACCUCGUGUUGAUGGACUCUUGCUUAGAAGGCCAUGUCUCCAGCUCUGAUGGAACUGAGUUGAUACGAUUAGCAUCCCGUUGCUUGCAGUAUGAAGCUCGUGACCGGCCAAACCUGAAAUCAGUGGUUUCUGCUCUUGGAAACCUCCAAAAAGAUGCUUCUACUCCUUCACAUGCUUUGCUAGGCAUACAACAUGAUAAGGAAAACACGGAGCAAAUUUCUUUAUCUGCUACAGGGAAAGUUUAUGCUAGAGCAGACCUUGAUGAGGUUCAUGAGAUGCUGGAGAAUGAUGGAUAUUGUGAGGAUGAAAGAGCAACCUUUGAGGUAUCUUUCCAUUCCUGGACUGGCCAAGUAUCUGAUAGUAUUCUUGUCAAGAAACAUGGAGACAAUGCUUUUCAAUCCAAGGAUUUUGCGACUGCGGUUGAGUGUUACUCAAGGUUCAUUGACACGGGUGCAAUGGUGUCUCCUACCAUGCUGGCGCGACGAAGUUUCGCGUACAUGGUGCUCGGCAAACUGCAAGAAGGCCUCUCGGAUGCAAAGAAAGCAGCAGACAUAUCUCCUGAGUGGCCUACUGCACACUACCUUCAAGGGAUGGCAUAUCUCGGCAUGGGAAUGGAGCCUGAAGGGCACGAAGAACUCAAGCAAGGCGCCACUUUGGAAGCUGAAAGGAAUGCUAGAACUAGAACUGUAUAGCCCUCAAAACAUGAUGCGAUGCCUCCUCUUCUGUACCUAGAUCGCCUGCAUUUUGGGUGUCCUCCAGUGCUUUGCCACCAAUAGGGCUGUUUUUUGGUCUUCCCUAACUUGUAUUGGUAUUUCCCCCAGUGGUUUUACAACUCCUAGGUUGGCUGUUAUGACACCUCCAAUAUAUUCAUAAGUACAAAAAAUGGGCAACUAGCAUUGAAAUAGCAGACCGUGGCUGUGAGAUUGUAAAGCUUUAAUGUUAUUUCCUCAAAUUCAUGUA